ACUCAUACUCCCUCUUUCUUUCUUUCUUCUUUCAUUCCAAGAUAAAUUCAUCAACACUGCAAAAGAAAUUCAAUCUUCCUAGUUUACAAAGAGAGCGGUUUUCCAUCGUAUGGGAAACCGCUCUUUCAAUAUUAUCCCUGUUGAUCCUAUUGAAAUUUCUUUCAAUAUACCAGGAUUGUGCUAUCAAGAUUCCUACUUUUGAUUUUUUUGUAAGUUGUUUGGGACUUCCCGGAUUUUCGUUAUAUGAUAUACUUGUGCAUUAUGCAGUUUAAGUCAAAUUUUGUAGAACUUGAGAUCUUUAGUCCUUUGAUCUUGAGUGCACAACAUAAAGUGAGGAAAAAAAUAUGGCUGAAAUUUGCAAAUGUUCAUGUCCUCAACCUACUAAGUGGCUAAAAGGAAAAGUGAUUGGAUCAGGAUCAUUUGGUAGUGUUCAUUUGGCUAUGGACAAGGCGACCGGCGGACUUUUCGUGUUAAAAUCAUCAGAAUCAGAGGCAGGAUUAAAGUGUCUUGAAAAUGAAGUUGAAAUUCUUGAGAAUUUGGAUUCACCACAUAUUGUCAAAUUCAUUGGCAAAGAUUUCUCUUUUGAAGCAAAUGGUAAGAGAAAGUUGAGUCUUUUUCUAGAGUAUGUGACAGGGGGAAGUUUAACUGAUGUGGCAGAGAAAUUUGGAGGGUCAUUAGAUGAAGAAGUUAUUUGUUUGUAUACUAAAGGGAUUCUUCAGGGUCUAAAAUAUCUUCAUGAAAAUGGGAUUGUGCAUUGUGAUUUAAAGUGCAAGAAUAUAUUGUUAGGCACUAGUGGACAAAUCAAAUUGGCUGAUUUUGGAUGUGCAGAGAGAAUAAAAGACAAUAAGGUAAAUGGUAGUACAAAAUCUUUGUCAAAGUCUAUUGGUGGCACUCCCCUAUGGAUGGCACCAGAAAUUUUGAGAAAUGAAGAGUUAGAUUUUUCUGCUGAUAUAUGGUCUUUAGGUUGUACAAUUAUCGAAAUGGGGACGGGGAAGCCUCCGUGGGGAGGGGAUAUUUGUACAAAUCCCCUUGCUGCAGUUUUGAAAAUUGCUUGUAGUAAUGAAAUGCCACAAUUUCCAUCACAUUUUUCUGAUGUUGGUUUGGAUUUCUUGACUAAAUGUUUGGAAAGAGACAGUAAAAAGAGGUGGAAAGUUGAACAAUUGCUUGAUCAUCCAUUUGUCUCAAAGGGGGCAGAAAAAAUCAACUUAGAAAAGGCAGAUGUUGCUAGUACACCUGCUAGUGUUUUAGAUGGUGGAAUUUUUUCUGAGUUGGAUUUCUCAGAUGAAUCAUCAAAUGAUGAAGAUGAAUCUAUGAGUGGAAAUGCAUUCUCAACGAGACGCGAUCGCGAGUUUUGGAUCUCAACAAGAGGAGGGAAAAUGGACUUGGAGUCAUCAGAUAGUUGGAUCAAUGUGAGGAACUAGUUGAAAAAUUUUAAGGAAAUCAGCAAUUUUUUUGUUUUGUUUGAGGAAGAUGUAAAUAGACUUAGGUGAAUUUUGUAUUGCAUAUGGAAGGAAAAAGAUAGAAGUUAGUAUUGUCCUGUAUUCAUGUGUAUGAAAUUGUAGCAGUUAUAGACAAUUUUCACCUGCCUUGGUUUAUUUUUAGACUAUAUUAGGAUUUUUCUCUUUAGUCAGUAUAAUACGAGGCUACUUAGGGAUGUGAAUUGUACUAUUGGCACACUGCUGAGUUGCUUCUUCAUUGAAUAACAUUACUUCUUGUUCUAUUUAAA